GAACACUAAAUAGCAGGCGCAUAAUACGAGCUACCAGAAGAAAGUCAGGCGGAAGGUCGUCUUUUUUACCGGUUCUUUCUUAUUUUAUUUUCGAGUUUUAUACAACUAAAGCUGUAAAGAAGAACUUCUUGCGGUGCCUUUGACGAACCAGGUUCCUUUGGGAAAAUCGAAGCGAGGAAUUUCGCAAUGGAUGUUACAAAGCGUUCUGUUUAUACAAAACUGGAUAAACAAACCAAGGCAGAGGGAUUAAAUGGUCAAACAGAAAAAUGUGGAAUUAUCAACACACUACACAGUCUGGACAUCAGGGUCUCACAGAGUCUUAGUAUCUGUGCCACAAAAGACGCGAGUUUUAUGCGAUUUGUGCUGAUUAUCUUAGAAAUAUCAGGGCACGGGGUGCCAUGGAUUACAGGCUCGCUCUUAGCUAUUUAUUUAUACCGAGGACUUGAACAACAAAUCGCCUUGAAUUUCCUCCUGGCUUUGAUAAUCGACCUCGCUGUUGUUGGCACUACCAAGGUCUUAUUCAAGCGGUCCCGGCCUGUUUAUAACGCUCAGGAUAUGUUCGUGACUGUAUCUGUUGACAACUUCUCAUUUCCUUCCGGUCACUCUACCAGGGCCGCUAUGAUGGCUGGGAUAUGCAGUGUGUUAACACCUAGUGUGUUUGGGAAAGCUUUGGUCUAUACUUGGGCAUUGGCAAUAGCUAUGUCGCGCGUCAUGCUUGGGCGGCAUCAUGUUAGUGACGUGGUUUGUGGGGCCUUGAUCGGCUGGGCCCAGUAUCUCCUUAUUGUCAAGAUAUGGUUGACGGCAGGGAUGUGCCAAUGGAUUAUGGGAAUGGUACCUCUUAUAAACUUACAGUAACUAUUGGCAAUGUGGCACAGUUAAGAAUUGUAGUUUUAAUAGCAGGAAGUUCCUCUGAAAUGUUGAAUUUUUUUAAAUGAUUUAUUGUUUUUAAUCUAAUAAUUUGUAUUUAUUUAUGUAUAUUUAGCAGAUAUGCCAGAAAAUUAUAGACUUAUGUGCUGAGUCCUAAUAUUUAUUAAUAUUUAUUUAUUUCCUUAUAUUUUUUUAUUCAGUAACAAACCAUUUCAACACUUUGUUGUUUAUUUUCCUAACUUUAGUAUUAGCUGGAUAAGGGGUUCAAUUUCAGUUUGAUAAACUUUUAGUGCAUGAAAUGAUUUUAAGUCACGUUUUGGACAUUAAACAGUAAGGACAUACUAGG